UUUUCUGAAAGACAAAACGGUGAAGGAGAUACGCCGACGGGUCUUACACAAGAUAGACUCUCCUAGCCACGAGACGCCCGAGAAUUUCUUUUAUACAUUGCCUGAGCUAGAUGGGCGUUUUAGUUUUUACGAAAAUCCCUUAAAGUGGCCGGCCAUGGAAAACAAGCUUACCUUGGUUGGCGCGCAAGCAGGAGCUACGAAGUUCUCAACGAAGAUGCUCGAGACGAAUACAGCAGUGGCGGAAUUGUUCACCAAUUGGUACCUUUCUUAA